AUGAGUCGUCCACAACGAGAUAGUGUAUUUUACUCAGAAGAAGAACAAGGGAAUGAAGUUAAAAGAAUAUUACGAGUGAUUGAUACUGAAUCAGAGAUUAUGAAUGCUGCAUUAAAUAAUAAAGAUUUAAGUAAAGCAAUUGGAUGUUGUGAUACAAUAGGGAAAGAAUUAAGAACUAUUUCACUUGCACCAAAGAAUUAUUAUCAUCUUUAUCUUGCUGCACAAAAUGCAUUUACACCAUUAUUUAUGUUUUUAAAAGAUGAAUAUGAAGGAUCAUUACUUGCAUUAUAUGAACAAGUCCAAUAUAUUUAUUAUGCAGUUCCAAGAUUAUAUUUGAUGUGUUGUGUAGGAGCAGCAGCUGUUAAAAGAAAAGCAGCAGCUGUAAAUGCAUUAAUGAAAGAUUUAGUUGAAAUGUGUCGAGCGGUUCAACAUCCAACAAAAGGAUUAUUUGUAAGAAGUUAUUUAAUGGAUAUGUUAAAAGAUAAACUUCCAGAUGGAAAUACUACAGGAGAAGGAAAUGGAUGUUUAAUGGAUUCAGUUGAUUUCUUAUUAGUUAAUUUUAUUGAAAUGAAUAAAUUAACAGUCAGACUUCAAGCAGGUGUCAGAGAUAAAGAAAAGAAAGUUGAUGAAGAACGACAACUUCUUCAAUUAGUAUCAAGAAAUAUUCAAUUCUUAAGUAAUUUAGAAGGAAUGACAUAUGACAUUUAUAGAACUUCUAUCAUGCCAAGAGUGAUGGAUCAAAUUAUUUCUUGUGGUGAUCUUCAUGCACAAGAAUUUUUAAUGGAUGUAGUUAUAUCUGCAUUUCCACCUCAUUAUCAUGUUGGUACGUUAGAAGAAUUAUUAAGAUGUUUCCCAUCUCUUCAUAAACAACUUGACACUAGACCAUUAUUAUUAAAUUUAAUGAAAGUACUUGUAAAUUUCAUUAAAAGUGAAGAAACUACUCUUGAUCCAUUAACACAACGAAUUAAUAUAUUCCAAAUCUUUAGUACAAUGUUAGUUAAUAUUUGUAAAAAGAGAAGUGUCAUUGCAGCAGAUUUCCUUGCUAUUAUGGCACAAUUUGAAGAACUUCAAAUGGCAUGGUAUAAAGAUGAUUAUACUCGUUGUUAUAAACAAACUGCAACAAUUUAUGAAAUGGUUUCUAAUUAUUUACCAGAAACUGGAUUAGAUCAAUAUGCAAUUACUCAUUUAAUGAGAUUAUUACAAUUAUCAUUAACAUCAUUUGGAGUUAAAGAAAUGUUAAAUAUUUAUGGAUUUAGAAAUUCUAUUUCAUUACUUCCAUAUUCAAAAAGAAAAACACUUGCUAGUGAUAUUGUUACUCGAUGUGUUACAUUAAAUGAACUCAUUGAAACUAAAGAAUAUGCUAGUAAUAUGUUAGAAGUUAUUAUUGAUUUAAUUAGUAAAGUUCAAGAUCAACCAGAUGAUAUAAAAGAGGAAGAAAUUGGAGUUGAUGUAGAAAAUGCAUGUAGAUUACUUCCAUUAAUUGGAGGAGAUGCAGAAAUGUUUGAAAGUAUAUUAACAUUGUUUAAAGAUAAGAUGACAGGAGAUGCUAUUAGAAUUAAAUAUCUUGCUGCGCCAUUAAUUUUUGUUGCACUUAGAAGAAGAAAAGAAGAAAAAUCAGUCAAAUUCAUCUUUUCAUUUGUAUUAGCAAUUUCAAAAAUGGUAGCUAAACUUGAACAUUAUGUUUUAGCAUUUAAACUUUCAUUAUAUUGUGGUAUUGGAGCAUGUGAAGCUGGUAUAGAAAAAUACAUGUAUUUCUUUAAAAAUGCAUUUGAAUUAUAUGAAAAUAUUCCAGAAAGUAAAAUUCAACAAGAAUGUAUUACUAUGGCAAUUGGAGUCUUAACUACACUCAAAUUAACAAAAGAAGAUUUUAUUGUUAUUAGAGAUAUGAUUAUGAAAACAGUUAAAUAUCUAAUUAAAACACCAAUGAGAUGUGAAAUGAUGUGUAAAAUUGCUAGUUUAGAUAUUAAGAAUAAUAGUAAUGUAGAAGAUAAAGAACAUUGUAUUGACACUCUUAAUAAAGCAAGAAAAGAAAUAGAAAGAAUUAUUGAUGAAGAAGAAAAAAAGAAAGUACUAAUCAUGUUUGUCAAUUACUACAUUUAUUUCUUCCCAUUACUUGACCAAAUCACAGCUGAUCAAAUUACUCAAAUAAUUACCGAGAUAAAAGAAAAUAAAGAACAAUUGGAUGAUGCUCAAACAACUAUUUUCACUAAUAUAAUGAAUAGUAUUACUAUUUCAGCUCAAGAAAAUACUAAGUUUGCUGACAUUCAACUUUAA